AUGAAUGCACUAUCCCCUGAUGAGAUGGAGCGGUUCCAGAAGCUUUCCAAUGAGUUUGAACCAGAUGUUCAGGGGCCGCUCGUCUCGCCUAAGCAAUCAAGCCAAAGCAUUGCCAUGGAAUAUGCCAAUGCAGACCCGACAUUUGCGACAAAGACGAGUGCUCUAUCCAUCACCCACCCCAUGUCCCGUAUCAUGAAAGGGGAUGGAAACUGUGGCUGGCGAGCUGUGGCUUUUGGCUACUUUGAGACUCUUUUCAACCUUCGGGACAGUAUGCGCGUACAACGAGAACUAGAGAGAAUCAAGUCCCUCAGUGCCCUGCUAGAUCAAGUCGGCCUACAGAGAGACCUAUAUGACAUCUUCGUGGACGCUACAGUGGAGGUUUUCGCUCAAACGCUGACCGCUAUUCAAAAUGGUGAUCAGGAUGAGACUUUUCUAGUCAAUGCGUUCAACGACGAGUACGAGUCAAGUGCUUUAAUUACACACUUCAGGCUGUUGACAAGCGCGUGGAUGAAACUCAACCCUCACAGAUACCAAGCUUUUCUGUCGCUGCCAUUAGAUUCAUACUGCGCCUCACGGAUAGACACUGUCCGAACCGAGAUUGAUGAAGUUGGGCUGCAAGCCCUGGUCGACGGUGUCAUUGAAGGAGCUGGAUUCGGGGUUGAAAUUCUGUAUCUUGAUCGAAGCGAGGGUGAUGCCGUGACACCACACCAGCUAUCACCGAACCGUCCCAGCGAAGCCACCAUCCGCUUGCUGUAUCGCCCUGGUCAUUACGAUCUCCUCUACCGAGCCGAACUCCCUACCGUAAACAUGGCACCUGUAGUCAAUUUCCAAUACGGAAUGACCACCAACUACUCCCCUUGGGACCAAGGCGCUCUCUCCUUCGACGUCAGCCCACAUCUAAUGUCCAUUCCAAAUCUCAUGUCAGACCCUGCAUUCGGUGCUAUGGGAGCUCCAAUGUCUCCCAUGCCGUCGGUCUCUUCGACCCCACUCAGUUCAUACCGAGUCUCGCCCCCACAGGAGAUGUACCAGUCCCCCAUGCAAAGCCAUGCUCCAAUGCCACCUAUGCCUCCGGUCUCGUCACCUCCGCCCGUCCUGCCAUCUGCCCCACCCCCUAUGACCGCUCUGCCCAGCCGGUCCUCAGAUGGUCCUCAGAUCCGCUUGAACCCCUUGGUCAUGAAGCCUAAUUUGAGCCACUCGCUCCCGGUGACUACGCCGUUCAAAAAUAGCUCGCCGUAUAACCAAGCGCAUUUCCAAAACCAAGACUUCGAGCCUAUACACUGGGCUCCGAAUGAACAUCAUCGAAGAUGA